GCGUGCAUGGGCGCGCGCGCGCGACAGUGAGUGAGUGAGUGAGUGAUUCGAGACCGUCGUCGGGCGCUCGCGUUCCGUGUAUAUGUGAGCGCGACCGCGUGCGGGCGGUUCCCACACUACGUGCAACAAGUGUCAGGAGGCGACGGCGGCGGCGGCGGUGACGGUGUUUGGUAGCGGUCGUUGGAACUGUGCGGUGCUGUACACGGAAUAACGUGCGUAUGCGCGCAUGGUGCUGCUGUUGCUGGUGCAUCGGUGGUGCGUGCGACAGGAUUUGCUCGAUCGACGGAUCGGCACCCAUCAAUCGUCUGCAGUUUCGUUAUCGUCACGACCCAUCGUCACGACGACGUGCUGAGAAGGAGACCGUCACCGGCGAGGGCGCGGGGAUGGGCUGCGCCGUGAGCACCACCGGCGAGAAGGAGGCCGCCGAGCGAUCCAAGAAGAUCGACAAGGACCUCCGCGCUGAUGGCGAGCGCGCCGCCAGCGAGGUCAAGCUCCUGCUGCUCGGUGCUGGGGAGUCCGGCAAGUCCACGAUAGUGAAGCAAAUGAAAAUCAUUCACGAGACCGGUUACAGUAAAGAGGAAUGCGAGCAAUACACCCCAGUGGUAUACAGCAACACAAUACAAAGUCUAAUGACGAUAAUCAGGGCCAUGGGGGACCUUAGAAUCGACUUUGCUGAGCCUACCAAGGCGGAUAUGGCGCGACAAUUUUUCACCCUAGCAUCGGCGGCGGAGGAGGGCGAGCUGACCGGGGAACUAGUGCUAUUAAUGAAGCGAUUAUGGCAGGACCCGGGACUGCAGCGCUGUUUUGCGCGUAGCAGGGAAUACCAGCUCAACGACUCGGCAGCGUACUACCUUAACGCACUUGACCGUAUAACGCAACACAAUUACAUCCCGACGCAGCAGGAUGUUCUGCGAACGCGCGUCAAAACCACCGGAAUCGUGGAGACACAUUUCUCUUUCAAGGGCUUACACUUUAAAAUGUUCGAUGUUGGCGGCCAACGGUCCGAAAGAAAGAAGUGGAUACACUGUUUCGAGGGCGUCACCGCGAUCAUCUUCUGCGUCGCUCUGAGCGGCUAUGAUCUGGUGUUGGCCGAGGACGAGGAGAUGAAUCGGAUGAUAGAGUCGAUGAAGCUCUUCGACUCGAUUUGCAAUAGCAAGUGGUUCGUCGAAACAUCGAUCAUACUGUUCCUGAAUAAGAAAGACCUGUUCGAAGAGAAGAUCACCAGGAGCCCGCUCACCAUCUGCUUCCCGGAGUACAAGGGCGCCAACACUUACGAGGAGUGCGCCUCUUACAUUCAGAUGAAAUUCGAGAAUCUGAACAAGAGGAAGGAUCAGAAGCAGAUCUACACGCACUUUACGUGCGCCACAGAUACGUCCAAUAUACAGUUUGUGUUCGACGCCGUGACCGACGUAAUAAUCAAGAACAACUUGAGUAAUUGCGGAUUAUUGAGUUAAACAUUCCAAUACUCGAUCAGUAAACUAUCGAAAAAGAAAGGAUAUAUCUUAAUACGUUGACGACUCGUUGAUCUUCGCGAAUGCACGGGAGAAUGACGAAGAGACUGAUUGAAAGUUUCAAGAGAGGCGUAUCCGUAUAAACACAAAUACAUAUUAAUUAUGCGAGAAUUUUAUUCACAUACCCACAACACACACACAUACACAAAACACACGCAACACACACAUUAGGCUCUUGGAAUAUUUUAUCACGGUAUCAUGUAACUCUACUCGAUUUUAUAGUCUCUAAUGAAAUAUCCUUUGUAAAAAAAAUUUGCGUAAAUUUAUCCGGUUUUCUAGUACGAAUAUGUUACUCUUUAACUUAUUGAUUUUACGUUCGGCGAUUAGACAACGAAAUAUUCUCAAAUUACGAAAGAAGUAUUCAAAUUAUUCGGGAGUUUAAAUAUCAGGCUGAAGCAUUUCGCGUUGUCGCUAAGAAUAUUUUUUUUACGCACUGUUUAUAAAUGUGUAAUUAUUUUUUGGAAAUUAAUUAACAUAUAUGUUGAUCAAGUAGUCAUAUUUUCAAAAGGAUUUUAAUUCCUUGUAAUUAUGUUCAUUUCUCCUUGUGCGUAGUCAUAUUUUCGAAAGGAUUUUAAUUCCUUGUAAUUAUGUUUAUUUUUCCUUGUGAGUUUUUUUUCCAAAAAUCGAAAGCAAUAUUUGCUUUCGUACAGUGCGCAAAAGAAAAAGUGGAAAAAAAUUCAUAGCAAUGUUAAAUAUAUAAUACUUACACUUGCUCCCGAUUAAAAUCAGAAAUGUUGCUUUGUUUCUGCUAAAUUCUGUAUUUAACUAUACUAACCAAGAACUAGAUAGCUAUUAAUUUAGUGAUAUUUCCUUGUAUAUAAUUUAUUGCGCUAAAAGUGAUUACGUAAGUGAAAACAUGUCUGCUCAUAUUUACUUGCAUAUUUACUUGCAUUAUAAUGAAUAGAAAUUCUAUAUCUUUUGACGGACAACACAGCUCUCUGUGCGUCUUUUUUUUUUACAGUAUAUAUUUAUCAUUUGAAAGAAAAAUUUUUGUACAAGCUUUUCUUUUUUUUUAUAUAUACGUAUUAAUAAAUAAUAAAACAACGAGGGAUGUUAUUAUUUCUCGAUUCGCCAAACGGACGUAAUGACAAUGUUAGCAUUAGUACACAAGACGAAAUCAAAUCUUUAUACAGUUUAGAUCAAUAAAUGAAAUCUCUUCUUUUUUAA